AUGUCUGAGAAUAACAUAAUAAGUUUGGAUAAACCGUUUGAUGAGAUUCCCAACAUAUCGAUGGGUGAACUCAUUUCAAAAGCUUUGAACAAAUUGGACGAGGAGUUUGUGUGUGCGUUUGACGCAAACACUGGCAAAACACUGACAGCGAAAGAGUUGAUAGAGAAAAGCACAGCAAUUGCUAUGGCGUUGAUUGAGAGGGGAAUUAAUAAAACAGAUUUGAUUUUAACGUUUGCCGAAAACUCGAUUGAAUUGACUGUUGUUUUGUUUGCGUCCGUAUUAUUAGGAGUAACCAUAUAUCCCAUCACUUCUAUAGCAAAAGCAUACGAAUUGGAGAAAUUGUUUGAAACAUUGGAUUCAAUAGUUGUGUUCACAUCGGAAUCAAAGUCAAACAUUAUAAGCAAAAUACUCACAAAUACCGCAUUGAAAGCAAACGUAAAGUCUAUUUUUGUGGUGAACGGAGUCUUUGACAAUAAUAUAACAUUCAAUGAAUUACUCAAAGAAGGAUUUAAUAAAAGUUUGCCUCAAAUCCCGUACUUUGCGGUCGAAGACCCCAAGAAUACUAUAUUCGCUAUCCUUCAGAGUUCGGGCACCACUGGUGUCCCCAAAUCCACACUCAUCUCUCACUAUGCAUUUGUGGCACAAUUGUAUUCAAUGAUUAACUCUGGCAUGAAUUUUGAUGAGUUUGAUGAGAGGCUUAAGUUUGGACACAUCACUCCUAUCGGUUGUAUUACUGGCUUAACAUUUCUUUACGGAUACAUCUGUUGCGGGAUCGACGCAAACAGUGACACAAAACUUACGUUUAAAGAGUUGAUUACGAAAUCAAACGCAUUGGCGAUGGCUUUAAUUGAGAGGGAAAUCAGUAAAUCAGACAUUAUUCUGACAUUUGCUGAAAACUCGAUUGAAUUGGCAAUUGUUAUAAUGGCUUCUGUAUUGUUGGGCACAACUCUAUACCCAAUUAGUCCCAUCGCUAACGUCUAUGAAUUGGAGAAGUUAUUUGAAACACUGGACUCAUUGGUUGUUUUCACCUCACAAUCCAAGUCUAAUGCAAUGAAAACCAUUUUAAAUAAUCACAAAUCAAAAGCGGCUGUAAAAUCGGUAUUUAUGGUGAACGGAGUGUUUGAUAAUUAUAUCACUUUCGAUGAACUGCUCAAAGAGGGUCACAACAAAUGUUUACCACAAAUACCAUACUUUGCUGUCAAAGACCCUCGAAAUGAGACAUUUGUUAUCCUUCAGAGUUCGGGAACUACUGGUGUCCCGAAAUCACAGCUAAUAUCCAACUAUUCAGUUGUUGCAUAUUUACACGCUAUGAAGAGCGACAUUGAAUCCGAUUUUCACAAAAACAAUAUCGACGGACAGCCUGUGUUCGGUCACAUCACACCAUUUGGUUGCGUAUCCGGCAUCUCAUCCCUAUUGGGAUACAUAUUCUGUGGAUUCUCUGUCGUUAUAUUCAGAGAGUAUAGCGAAGAGUUAAUCUUAAAGUCUAUUGAGAAAUAUCACGUUCACAUCCUAUUCAUUACACCAGCUUUUGGAUCGGCACUAAUAUUAGGACCGUUUGCCGGUAAAUAUGAUUUGUCGAGUCUGAAAGUCAUAAUUAGCUCAGGCGCUGCUUUUACCGAGAGUGUUGGCAAAGCUAUUGUCAAUAAAUAUGAUGUAUUACUUCAAGAAAUUUACGGAAUGACAGAAGGUGGAAUCAUAACUCAAAUGCCAUAUUUUAAUAAUGGUGAUGAGUAUAUGGCCGGCAAUUUGGGUCAACCCAAUAAUAAUGUGGAGAUUAAAAUUAGAGACACCGACAGCGGCGAGAGUCUCGGCCCCGGUUUGGGCGGCGAAAUCUGCGUUCGUGGGCCGAUGCUCUUCAAGGGGUAUCUCAAUAAUCCUUUGGCCACAAGUGAGGCCAUAGAUAGCGAGGGAUGGCUUCGGACGGGAGAUAUCGGUCAUUAUGACCAACAAAAACGCUUAUUCAUAACCGAUAGACUCAAAGAACUCAUUAAAUACGAAACGAUUGCCGUCUCUCCCACAGAGAUUGAGCUCUUUUUAUUGACCCACAAA